AUGCCUGCAGAGCGCGCCCACCUUCAACAGGUUUAUGGCUCAGUGGAUAUGCCCUUUAUCGAAAUUGCACCUUUAAAAGCAUCAAGUCAAUUGAAGAUCCAGAGGAAGAAGAGACAAGAAUACAGCAAGGGCGCCUACAUGAGCAACUCAGACGACACUAGCUCUUUUCUUCAUUACAAGCCGCCCACACUGCCCCCAAACUCCACCCAACCGUUCUUUCUGCCGCAACCAUCUGACUCACUACCAAAACUUCCCCAAUUACCACCACCACCACCACCACCAGCAUCUCCAUUGCCACCUCCAUUGCCACCAAUGUCGCUUGAAGUUCUGCCAACGCCUAUAUCACUUCCAGAAUCUCUUGAAGUCCUGCUCACACCAUUAUUCAUGCCACCAUCUCCAGUCAUGCAUACCAUAACUGCCUCAGCCUUGGUGUCUGUGUCAGAUGCAAGUCGCCGUGACUAUGGUCAAGUCAUCCAUAACGUAGAGUCGGAGGAUGAGUCGGUAGUAAAGGAGGGACUUGAAGUUGAUGCAAAGUGGGAUGUCACCCACGAGCACCUUUGGGCCAAUUGGACUAGUUGCCUAGAUGAUUAG